CGGUAGCACGUGGCGUUGAAACUAAAACUCAAAUGCACUACCCCGAGUAGUUACUUGGAUAAACACGACAGUAUAUUGGUCCAGGCGCUUUGGGUCCCAACCAAGUGGGUUUGAUCGUUUUGAAGCUCCACAUAGUGUGAAACAGUGCGGUAUCCGAAUUUCGAAAGUUAAAAAUGCUCGAGUUAUCCGAUAAAGAGCACAGAACAUGGUGGGGGGUCUGCAGUGCGAUAUCCGUACUUCGAAAGUUAAAUGCUCGAGAUAGCCAAUGCAGAGCACGGAAUGUAGUGGAGGUCUACAGUGCGGUAUCCGUACUUCGAAAGUUAAUGGUCGAGUUAUUUGAUGCAGAAGCACGGAAUGUGGUAGGGGAUCUGUGACUAGAGCUUCUAAACCGACACGAUGUUACUGUUGGGGCUCAAGAUUGCCACUACUUAUGAGUACCUGUCACUGCUUUUUGUCUACAAUUAUUCCCCGGUUUAAUUCAAUAUGUCGCGCAGCGUUGAAACAAGAUCAUAAUGGCCGAUUGCUUUCGAAUGCGCCGAAAAUAAGGUCAUUGCAGCGAGCGACAAGCUGCGUUGCAUUAAAUUCACACGAAACGCUUGCUCUACAUGCCGAAAUCAACAUCCGAAAAACAG